AUGAUCAACCAACUCCAGGUUCAUCUGUCACCGCAUUCUAGGAAGAAAUUUUACCUCUCGCCCAUCGGCAAUCAAUGUUUCUUCGGCAAGUGCCUUUACCUCUGUGACCCUGCCCAUGCCGUCUGCGGCAAUGGUAGAAUUCUGGAGGGCAGUCUAGUGACCUUCCUGCCCAACAAAUCCCUCAGUGAUUGGUCUUCAUUCCAAAACCCAUGGGCCCGCUCCUACUCCAAGUAUUCCAAGUCAUUCUGGGAGAAAGAUCCGAAUGGGACGAAGAUUUGUAACCAGGUACGCCAGCAGUCUCCCUUUCAUCAGUGGUUCCCACUUCUGAAUCUCAUCGAUGUACAUAUCUUCGACUUUCUCACCGGCAACAAAGACAGACAUCACAUUCACUUUUUCGAAAUGUUUGGAAACGUGUCUCAGUACAUUCUGAUCGACAACGGAAAGGGCGACAACAUCAAUAACAACAACAAGACAUACCCAGAAAGAAUCGUUUUCAAACUAGCUCUUCCAGUCAGAGAUUGUCUCACCAGCUUAUCUGAGGGAACGAGAGAAAUUGCAAAAAAAAUUGGUAGCAUCAAAAUGUCUUUUUUACUUUUAAAAGCGCGAUUUUUAAUCAUUUUUUCUUUUAUUUGCGUCAUUUUUUUAAAUUUCAACUCAUCGUUUGACGUCGACGUUGACGAUAAUUUGAGAAUCUACGUCCAAUACAAACCAGAGAAAUGUCGAAGGCAGGCUGACUUCACAGACAAACUAUAUAUACAUUACACUGGUUACUUGGAAACUGGAGAAGAAUUUGAUUCGACAAAGGGUCUUGGCCACCCGAUCUCAUUUGUCUUGGGGGCACCCAACAUUAUCCCUGGUUGGCAAAAAGGCAUUCACGGAAUGUGCAUCGGUGAGAAAAGGCAGAUAAUAAUACCACCAGAACUGGCCUAUGGAGUCGAGGGCCUCCCACCAUAUAUACCAGGUGGGGCGACCUUGACAUUCAACGUUGAACUGAUUGACAUUGAAACUGAAGACGUUGGAAGUUUUUUUUUCAGCCAAUCACACUUAGCCAGCAACCGCACUCCAACCAAUCGCAUUCAGCCAUUCGCAUUUCGACCAAUCACAUUGAGGCAUCCACAUUCCGACCAAUCACGUUUCAGAUUACUAAGGUUCCUGUUCAUGCCCUUCACGGCCGUCUGCAUCGUCUACUACAUGUACAGUAGGUACAAGAAGUCACCCACCAAGAAGGACCUCAAGGAAUUGAGAAGGAAGAAGAGGAACUGA